GUGGGCCCUGGGUUCAGCCGGCCAGGAGGACUGGUGUCGCCUGGUUUGUGUUUCCGAGCAGGCAAGGAGACUCUCGCUGCCUGCCGGCUGUUGCCUUUGGCUUGCCAUCAUGCCUCGUGCGAGCCCAACAAGAGCAUCUCUGCCGCACUUUACCCUCCUUAUCUCAUGGUGUAUCUUGUCCUCCCGUGCAGAGCUCCACGCAGGAGAUCGGAGAAGAGCUGGAGGAUGGUGUGAUCUACAGCAUAUCGCUCCGGAAAGUGCAGCUCCAUCACACGGCCAACAAAGGGCAGCGAUGGCUGGGGUUUGAGAACGAGUCGGCCUUAAACCUCUACGAGACGUGUAAGGUGCGGACGAUAAAAGCCGGGACCUUGGAGAAGCUGGUGGAGUACCUGGUCUCAGCCUUCAAGGGCAAUGACUCCACCUACGUCACCAUCUUCCUGUGCACUUACCGGGCCUUCGCCACCACCAAGCAAGUGCUGGACCUGCUGCUUAACAGGUACGGCAAGCUCCACGUGCAGGCGAAUGGGGACCAUGCCAGGCACGCUGUGGACGAGAGGAUGGAGCUCAAGAACACCAUCUCCUCCAUCCUGGGCGCCUGGCUGGAUCAGUACUCAGAGGACUUCCGCAAGCCCCCGGACUUCGCGUGCCUCAAGCAGCUCAUCUCCUAUGUGCGCCACAACAUCCCUGGCUCGGACCUGGAGCGCCGUGCCCGCAUCCUGCUCGCCCAGUUCCAGCAGCAAGAGCAGAGCGAGUCUGAGGCAGAAGCUGUGGACCACGGCGGCUGCACCUUCCAGCUGGUGGAGGAGAACGGGGUCGGGGACGGGAAGCCGGAUUUCCUCUCCUUCUCUCCAGAGAUGGUGGCAGAACAGUUCACGCUGAUGGAUGCUGAGCUGUUUAAGAAAGUGGUGCCUUACCACUGCCUGGGCUGCAUCUGGUCCCAGCGAGACAAGAAGGGCAAAGAGCACCUGGCGCCCACCAUCCGUGCCACGGUCUCGCAGUUCAAUAGCGUGGCCAACUGUGUCAUUGCCACGUGUCUCGGAGACCGGUCCCUGAAGCCGCAGCAGAGGGCUAAAGUGGUGGAGCGGUGGAUUGAAGUGGCUCGGGAGUGCCGCAUCCUGAAGAACUUCUCCUCUCUCCGAGCCAUCCUCUCGGCUCUGCAGUGCAACGCCGUUCACCGGCUGAAGAAGACCUGGGACGAGGUCCUACGGGAGAGCUUCCGCACUUUCCACGAGCUCUCAGAGAUCUUCUCCGAUGAGAACAACCACUCGCUGAGCCGGGAGCUUCUCAUUAAGGAGGGAACGUCCAAAUUCGCCACCUUGGAGAUCAACCCGAAGAGGGCUCAGAAGCGGCAGCAGCAGCAGCGAGAGAUGGGCGUGAUGCAGGGCACCAUUCCCUACCUUGGCACCUUCCUCACGGACCUGGUCAUGCUCGACACCGCCAUGAAGGAUUUCCUGGAUGGAGGGCUGAUCAACUUUGAGAAGAGAAGGAAGGAGUUUGAAGUCAUCGCCCAGAUCAAGCUGCUUCAGUCUGCCUGCAACAACUACAGCUUCACGCAGGAGGACCAGUUCGUGGACUGGUUCCACAGCCUGGAGCGGCUCAGUGAGGCUGAGAGCUACGGGCUGUCAUGCGAGAUCGAGCCACUGUCUGAGUCGGCCAGCAACACGUUGAAGGCAAAGAAAAACACGGGCAUCAUCAAGCGAUGGCGCGACGGCAGCUCCCACUCAAAAUCCUUCGACCAGCUCAAGUGCGGGCAGUACCUGUGCAGUGGGGACGCCACCGACUCCGUGAGCGUCACCUCCGCUGGCUCCAGCAGCUCCGACGUGGAGGAGAUCAACAUCAGCUUCAUCCCCGAGUCCCCCGACUGCCAGGAGAAGAAGGUACGGGGCAGCUCGCGGGCUAAAACCACUGUGUCCUCCGCAUCCCCUCUCCUCCCUGCCCUCCAGUUCUGGGAAUCCACCUCCCUCUCCUCCCUGGACACAUCAGGCAUCGGCUCGGGCUCCAGCAGUGCCUCGGGCCCUUCCGUCUCCGUCGAUGACUGCUGCAUCAUCCGCGUCAGCCUGGCUGUGGACAAUGGCAAUAUGUACAAGAGCAUCCUGGUGACGAGCCAGGAUAAGACCCCAGUUGUUAUUCGCAAGGCCAUGGCCAAACACAACUUGGACGGGGACCGGCCUGAAGACUAUGAGCUUGUUCAGAUCAUCUCAGAGGAGAGAGAGCUGAAGAUCCCUGACAACGCCAAUGUCUUCUACGCCAUGAACUCUGCCGCCAACUACGACUUCGUGCUCAAGAAGAGGGGCUUCUCCAAGGGGGUGAAGAUCAAGCACGGCUCCAGCUCCACCCUGCCCAGGAUGAAGCAGAAAGGCCUGAAGAUCGCCAAAGGCAUCUUCUAG